UUAGGAACGAGGCCAUUGUGACCCAAAGGUCACGAAUGCCACAGAUCGGUCUGCUUUUUGUUCGAAAAUCAUCACUCAAGCCGAAAUAUUAUCUCAUAUUGUUGGAUUUUUCUACUACAGAAUCAUAUAUAAAUUUUUUGGUGGCUGCUAGCAAAGGAGAAAAUAUCCCACAAUGCCCUCUGCAGGAGCAGUUUGUGUCCCGACUAUAACCCCCCUGAGGGUGCCAUUCACUGGGCAGACAAGCAGUCAGAUCGAUACCAACACCCUUAUUGAAAUCAAAUCAGCAACUCGCAAUGCAAGUGUGUACUUCAGUACUAAUGGUAGUAAACCAGACCCUUUUGUCCGUAAGGACAAGAACACGAUCAAGUAUAAAGGACCUUUCCUUCUGAAUCCUGGCAAGAGGACCAUUAAAGCUAUAGCAGUAUCUGGUGAUGGACAACGUGAGAGUCAUGUAAACAGUAAGACAUUUAUUGUGGACUGGGUUUCCCCCGACAACGACGAGAAUCAAGAAGAUGAUGAUCAGAGUUUUAUCAUGGACUCUAGGCGCCCUCAGAGAUCACUUCACAAUUCCUUGAACAGUUCUGGUCCUUUAGAGACGAUUCAAACAAACGGCAGUAUGGCACUGGCAAGAUCUUCUAUGCCAAUGCAGAAUAGCAUGCCAUACAAUGGAUGGGUUGGUCCAACUCCGCAGCCACAAACAACCCUCAACCAGAACCCUGACUACUUUUUCCACUAUCACAUGCAUCAGACGAGCCCUCGUCAGAACUCCUUGCGUCAGUCUGUAGGGUCUGGUCCUGCCAUGGUUCAGCCUCCUGUUGUUGUUGAUGCCAUGUCUGGCUACAACAACCAAGACGCCUGGCGCCCUCUCAGUGUUCCCCUCCCUGCAGUCCUCAACCAGUCCAUCGCAACCCAGACCGUCGGCCUCUUCUACCCAACCCACGAACAGGCCACUCGCUCAGCCCAGGACGUGGAGGCGGUCCGGCAGGUCCGGGAACAGAUCUCGACCGGGACGGGAAUGGGCUCCGCCCAGGAGAAGCCCCGGCUGACGGACAUCAGUCCUGGUAAAGGCUACUGGAAGCGGCAGAUCGCGCAUAUCGCGGCACAUCUUGAAGCGUUUUCGCAGAAGGAUGCGGAGUUCAGAGCAGGUGUUGGAAAACCGAAGAUGGGAAAGAUCACAUAUGCCAGUGUUGAGGACGAUGGAGUGGACGUCACAUUGACCAUUAGUCUUGAGUCCAGGGGGUCAAACCCACCGGUCAGAGGAAACAGGGCGCAAGUCGCAAGACAAGACGCUAUCAAUGCAAAGAGCAAGAAUGAAUCUGACUCACCGUAUGGAGCGACAACCAGAAAGAAGAAACCGUUAACAAAGAGACUUGCAGCCAAGAAAAAAGUUGAAGAGGAUAGACUGACGCCUGAGGAGAAGCAAUUGAUCAGAGAGCUAGGACCAAGGGGAGAUGGCAAUACUGACGUUGUGCAAGACAUGUUGGACGAGGGUGCAGAUCCUAACUGUGAAACGAAGGAUGGUAUACCAGCUAUUGUGUAUGCCUCUAUGAACAAUCAGGUUGAGAGUAUACCGGUAUUAGCAGAUGCAGGAGCAGAGAUGAAUAGAAAGACACCGGCUAGGAAAGGCAACACCGCCCUCCACGAAGCCGUCCUCCUUGGACCUGACGGCCAGGAGGCGAUCGAAGCCCUCCUCGACUCCGGAGCCAACCCCAAGGUCCAGAACAAUAAGGGUGACACGCCCUAUGACCUGGCCGUUGGCAACGGGUACUCCUCCAUCGUGGCCCUCUUCACGUCUAGUAUGGGACAGGAUAUGCUGAACAAGAUGACGAAAUCUAAGAAGGAUAAAGGGAAGAAAGGAAGGCGGAAGGAGACGGAGAGUGAGGACGAGAGCGAAGAGGAGAAGCCAAGGCGGAAAAGCAAGAAAUAUAAAGAAAAAUUGCCUAAGGAUAAAGGAACCGUUGUGCCAGUGUCAAAGUUCAACCCAGAGAACGAUGCGGAGAAGCUCAGGAAAGCUAUGAAAGGUUUAGGUACUGACGAGCAAGCCAUCAUAGAUGUUCUCGCCAACCGAUCAAACGACCAACGGCAAAAGAUCGCCAGACAGUUCAAACAAAUGUUUGGAAAGGAUUUAUUGAAAGAACUCAAGAGUGAGUUGAGUGGUAAACUCCUAGAUGUUGUACAAGGACUGAUGAUGACCCCUGCUCAGUACGAUGCUUAUCAACUCAACAAGGCAGUCAAGGGCUUGGGAACCAAUGAGGAGAUCCUGAUUGAGAUCCUGUGUACUAGAACUAACAGCUCAAUAGAAGCCAUAAAAACAGUGUAUGAAGACGCAUAUGGAGAAGAGUUGGAAGAGGCCAUUGCUGAUGAUACGUCCGGUCACUUUGAACGGCUCCUGGUCUCUGUGCUCCAGGGAUCCAGACCAGAAGGAGAUGAGGUGGAUCCUGAUAAAGCUAAAGCCGAUGCAGAGGCCCUAUACAAGGCUGGGGAAGCUAAGUGGGGUACAGACGAGUCUCGCUUCAACGUGAUCAUGAUGUCGAGGAGCUACGCCCAGCUGAGGGCGACAUUCGAGGAGUACGGGAAGCUCGGCAAGCAUGACAUCGAGCAGUCCAUCAAGAGAGAGAUGUCGGGAGAUCUGAAAGAUGCGAUGUUAACAGUCGUGAGGUGUGUCCGUAACAAGCACAAAUACUUCUCAGACAAACUCUAUAAGACCAUGAAGGGUGCUGGUACAGAUGACGAUACAUUGAAGAGAAUUGUAAUCUCCCGUGCCGAGGUCGACAUGUUGAACAUCAAAGGAGAGUUCCAGUCGGCGUAUCAACAAACCUUGGGACAAUUUAUUGCUGAUGAUACAUCGGGAGAUUACAAGAAGAUUCUUCUGGCCCUGGUCGGGGGUACCAACUAAGACAGUGUGAACAUGGUCAGGUAGCAACUAAGACGCAGUGUUAACACAUCCGGGGGUACCAACUAAGACAUAAGUGUGAACAUGGAAGGGGAACCAACUAAGACAGUGUGAACAUGUAAGGGGUACCACUACAGACUUACGGUAGUGUGAACACGUAAGGGGAACCAACUAAGUUGUAGUGUGAACAUGUAAGGGGAACCAACUAAGACAUAGUGUGAACACCUAAGGAGGGGAUAUCAAAUAAGACAUAGUGUGAACACGUAAGGGGGUACCAAAUAAGACAUAGUGUGAACACGUAAGGGGUACAACUAAGACAUAGUGUGAACAUGUCAAUAUUUGAACAGUCAUCACAAUGGAGUGUGUAUAUCCAAGAUGAAAUUACAAGACCCAAUUAAUUUUCGUCAUCAAGAAAAACAACAAAAUCACAUGCGUUUAAUUAGAACAGAGAAUUUCUUCAAUCAUUCACAAACGCUUCAGAUCAGAGCCUCAUCUUACAAAUAAUCUUUCAUACAUUGCACCCUGAACCCCUCCCUUAGCUGCUUUACUUCCUUUUAAAUCAUAUCUGUUGUCAUUAUCCAUGAUUUGGCAAGUUCAAAGAUGUACCUUUUUGUUAAAUAGGACACAAACUCUAUAUUCUCAAAUUAUAAUUGGCUGUCUCUGACACAACCUCAAAUGUCGGUCGACCUGAUCAGUAGAUAAGGAAGGUCUCUGCCCCCAUUUUAGUCAGAAACAUGAUUUAGUUUGAGGAAAAUUGAUAAAUAUCGGUCUGGGUUCCCAGUUCUGAUGCCACCGACGGCUCUCAUGCAGCGAUUGCGUCGUAUCGGUUACCGAACCCUUUAAAGAUUUACAGGUAUCGAUGACGCACCCUUGGGAAUAGUGAGAAGAGGAGUUUUCUUGCACUUGACCUUGUGUAAACAAACAUGUCUCUUGAAGAGGUCGUGGAAUGUGACCUUUGACCUGUUCAUCUUCUUGGUUGUCAGAUUGUCAGAGUCUCGUCACUGAGGGGCAGGAGGGAGGGGGUAUAAUAGAAAUGAUAAAAUUACAAAUUUAUAUGUCAAAGAAGUUAUUGUUAUGUACAUCAUUUUGAAAGAUGCUAAAUUGAAAAAGAAUAAGGUUAAGGUAUUUGUUUUGAAAAGUGGCAGAGAGAGAGAAAAGAGAAAAUGGGGGUGGGGGUAA